UAAUCUGUUCCGUUGUUCCGGUCAGCUCAGAGUGGCCGACAGAAUCUUUCCCUGGGCAACCAUACAUCACCAAAUUGAGAUGAGAUGCGUCAAAGACAAGAUAUGGAUGUAGUAAACACAGAAUUUGUUCUUAAAGAAUGCGAACUGAAACACUGCCUGCCACAAAUAUAUAAGACCCUGUUGGCAGCGGCGUGCCUGUUAUGUCCCAGUGACCCUAUACAGUUUCUGAAAAAAACUCUUAUGACCAUCCAUGGACAUGAUAAUCUUCAGGAUGUUGACUGUUUGAGGCACAAGUUUCUUGCUGAUGCAGAACAGCACCCUGCACCAUCCUCCCUAACACGUAGGACUGUCUCUGUGGAGCCAGAUGACAAUAUGCUGUCUUUUUGUCUGUUUGAGAAGGCCUACUCCUGCUAUAGGAAAAAUUUAACCAGCUCUUGUUUCAGGAAGUGGAAGAGUUUCACCAUGCAAAACAAGGAAGAUGCCCUAGAUCUGGCCCUGAAGAUGGACAUGGCAAAGAAGCACUUUGAGAUGAAAUGCCAGCAGGCUGCACUCACCAAAUGGUUGAACUGGGUGGAGUUACACAAGAAGACACAGGCUGCUGGUAUCAACAAACUUGAGAGGCUUAUAAAUGCUAGCCGUCUUAAGCGCAUCAUAGCUGCAUGGCAUAAAAUGGUAAAGGACUCAAAGAGGACAAAAGAGUGCUUUAAGAAGUUGGAAAAGGGUUUUAUGGAAAUCAGCAACAAAGACCGUCAGACUGAAGAAGGGUGUGAUGGACUCUCAGUGCUCCCUAGCAGCCUUGCACUGAAGAUCUUUCAAUAUCUAGAGUUACGAGACAGGCUGAACUGUGCAGAGGUGUGUUGCACGUGGAAAGCUUUCAUCCAGACAGGCACACUGUGGAGUCAGAUCAACUUCUCUGUGGAUAAAGGCUGGAUAACUGAUGCCACAGUGAUGCAGAUUCUGCAGAACUACCGUCCAUUUGUGAUCCAUCUCAAUCUGCGUGGCUGCUCAUCCCUGAAAUGGACCAGCUUGAAAUAUAUAAGUGAAUGCAGAAAUCUCCAGGAGGUCAAUGUGUCCGAAUGUUUUAAUGUCACAGAUAUGCUGGUUCAGAGAAUUGUUGAGGGCUGCCCCUGCCUGCUCUACUUGAACCUUUCUCACACACUAAUAACGAACGAGACUCUAAGGGAGUUGUCCAGGAACUGCCUCAACCUCCAAUACCUGAGUCUGGCCUACUGCUACAGAUUCACAGAUAAAGGCCUUCUGUACCUGACCACAGGAAAAGGCUGCCACAAUCUCAUCCACCUCAACCUCUCUGGCUGCACUCAGAUGACAGUAAAUGGGUUCAAACACAUUUCAGCCAUGUGCCCUUCUCUCCAUGAGAUCGUGAUCGAUGACAUGCCCACGCUGUCAGAUAGCUGUGUCUUGGCUCUACUGGCCAGAUGUCACUGUCUGUCUGCCAUUUCUCUUUUGGAUGCUCCUCAUCUUUCCGACUUUGCCUUUAAAGCCAUCACUGAAGUAGCCAAACUUAAGACCUUUAGCAUAGAGGGUAACUACCAAGUAUCAGACGUCAGUUGGAUGGCUCUAUGCGGCAGCUCAAAGGGCCUCCACAGACUCCAUGCCGCAGAAUGUCCCAGAAUGACUGAUGCCAGCCUCAAAUCUGUGGCGACCCUCAAGCACCUGAAAUACCUGGACAUCUCACGUUGCAGCAGAGUGAGUGAUGUUGGGAUCAAGUACUUGACUGAGGGUUCAUCAGUCACCAAAUUACAAGAGCUGAAUGUGAGUCACUGCAGUCACAUCACUGACAUCUCUGUCAUGAGGAUUGUGCAAAGGCUGUGUAAACUGCGUCAUCUUGACUUGAGUUACUGUCAAAGACUGACUGACCGGAGUCUGGAGUGUCUGAGCGGCAGCUCCAUCUGUUCUCUCGACAUCAGUGGUUGCAACAUCCAGGAUCAGGGACUGGCUGCUGUUGAAGGAGUUCACUUGAGGAAGCUAGUUCUUGCCGAGUGUGUCUACAUCACAGACAUUGGUAUAGAGACACUGUGCAAAAAUGUGAGAGAGCUGAAACAUGUUGACGUGUCUCACUGUGUAGCUCUGACUGAUAAAGCUAUCAGAGCCAUGUCAUUUUACUGCCAAAGCCUGGUCACACUGCGAAUGUCAGGUUGUCCCAAGAUGACAGAUAAGGCAGUGCAGUAUCUGACAAGUGGAUCUCAGUGCCUGCGAGAGCUUGAUGUGAGUGGCUGUGUUCUUCUCACAGAUCACACACCUCGAUACUUAGAAAGGAUCUGUCCUCUGCUCUGCUCUAUCACGAUGGCCUGCUGCAGCAGUAUCUCCAAGGUGGCCGCGUUAAAGCUGCAGCCACGUGUGAAGUACUGGGAGCACAGCAAUGACUACCCUCCGUACUGAUUUGGAUACAACACGGGCCAAAUUGUGCAUUCAGCCCCAAGACCUAUCAAGACUGAAGACACCUGGGAAGUGAUAGAACAGUAGUCAAUGAUGACAAGACCAGCAAGGACAAAAAGGAUAUAAAGAGAAUAAAAAAAUAAAUAAAUGUAUAAGUAAUUAACUCAGGAUUUUGUAAUAACUGAGCCGUAAGUAACAGUUACAGCAUUUUGACAGUCAUGCACUCACAGCAACCAACAUUUGAUAUACUUUAUAUCAAAAUAUAUACUGUAUUCCUUAUAUGCUGUUCCUACAGACUCUGCCUUUAUUUAUCUACAUUGAGCAAUGUAUGAGAGAAGUUGCCAUCCUGUAUAAAUAUUAAGUGCUUCUUCCUCAUCCCUUCUGAAAAGACUGUUUUGCAUUACAGAGAUACAAUUUAAAACCAAGCUGUUACCACAACCGUGAAAUCACUAAAUGGUGUUUACAACUCAGCACUAACCACUAAUUACAUCUAUAUCACACACACCACCACUGUGUGGAUACAAAUGUCAGCUGGCAUCUUCAGCAGAGGUGGAGCUAGAAAAUUUUGGAUGGGUUGGCCGGGCUGGGACACGGACUCAGAGGGGUGGCACAUUUGAAACAUUUAAAAAGUUAAUUAAACCCCGUAGUUCUAUGAAGUAUUAAACCAUACAUUAUUAAAAAUCAAACAGUUUAUUUUGUGUAAAAAUGAAACAUGCACGCCGUUUUCUUUAGCUAACUCCUUAUUUACUCCCGAAUGCUGCAUCCAGACCUGUUACACAAGGAGGAAGCCAUCCAUCAGUUCUGUGCAGAAAGGCUGCUGCAUUCUCUGGGCCUGAGCUCAUCUCAGAUAGACCGAAAGACAGUGGAAACAUGUUCUGUGUGUUCACAUGUGUUCAAGUCCACAUUUCAACUCAUUUUUAGGAAAACAGGUGUCGGGUUCUCUGUGGCAAAGAUGAAAAAGACCAUCUAGACAGUAAUCAGCAAAAGGUGCAAAAGCCAGCAUCUGUGAUGGUGUGGAUGUAUCAGUGCCCAUGGCAUGGGUGACUGGCAUUUGUGUGAAGGUACCAGGAGUAUUGUGAGAUUUUAGAGAGACAUGCUGCCACCAAGGAAACGUCCUUCCCCAGGAAGCCCGUGGAU